AUGGUAAACAACAUUGGUUUACUUAUAAUUGAGGGAGAUUUAAACUCAAAUCGAUUGGAACAAAUAUUAACGCAUGCGUCGUCCCUAAUCUCCAGUGAAUUAUAUCUAGCUAUACGGCCGUUUAAAUCCGAGGAUCACUCAAACGGAAGUUUGAAACAAUUCAUUAGUCUCGUUUACUCGUACGCCUCAUCUGCAUGCCCAAACCUAGAUAUUUAUAUUUCUCUUCCUCCAUUUAUCCACAAAGUGUGUGGCUAUGAUGUAAUUAUAACAGUUAAAAUAAAUGAUAACCCGGAAGAACUUGUAACGAAGGUCAAGCAUCUUGAUGGAACUUUUGAUCCCAGAACAAUGCUAAGUGACUAUGUUCAGGUAUUUGAACAAUCAAAAAUUAGCACAUUUAAAUCAGUUUGCCUUGGAGGAACGUUCGAUAUUCUUCACAAUGGCCAUCGUCUCUUAUUAACGCUCGCAGCUAUGCUAGCUGAAAGCAGACUUCUUGUUGGUGUCACUGACAGCCGCCUCCUCAAAGGAAAGAUUUUAGCUCCUCUAAUCCAAACCCCUGAGAACAGGGCUGCUUGUGUAAAGAAUUUUCUAGAGAAGAUCGGGUUCGAUAUCAACCGUCUUGAGAUCUUCUUUUUAACUGAUCCUUUUGGUCCACCUGCUUAUCAGCCUGAUUUUAAUUGCAUAAUUGCCAGUGAGGAGACUGUUCCAGGGUGUGAAAAGAUAAAUCAAAUACGAAGUGAUAAAGGAUUCUCGCCUCUACACAUUGAGAAGGUUGACUUUGUGGGCAGUGGAGGUAUGGAGACUCUCCUGCCGAAAGAUUACACAGAUUCAAAAAUCAGUUCUUCUAGUCUUCGGAUGAAUCUCCUAGGUCGGUGUUUAUUGAGGGAGUGCGUUGAAGAACGGCAACCAAAAGGCGGAAAUUGGAUCAUCGGAUUAACAGGUUGUAUAGCCUCUGGGAAAUCAAGCAUAUUAAAACUUCUUCAAGAUUGUUCUGAUGAUCGUAUCCGCGUGAUCGAUGUAGAUCAUCUGUUGGAGUUGUUUUGCAAUCAAAAUCAAGGAAGUUGUGAAAAUCUCAAAACCUAUUUUGGCAUGGAGAUAGUUAAACGGCUAGACGCGUCCUUCGACAUGAGUGCUUAUGAAAAGACUGUGAUAAUUUCCAAAAUCCAAUCAGAAAUUGAUCAGGUAUUGUCAGAGACGCGAUCAAAGCAGCCCGUCAUAUUUCUUGAAGGAUCUCUUCUCUUUACAACGGGUUUAAAUUGCCUAUGUGACGAGAUAUGGACUGUUUACAUUUCUCGUUCGGUAGCUCUAUCACGAAUCACAAAACUGCUGGAAACGGAGUUGGUCAAAGAGAUAGGGGAGCUUUCGAGUGACUUGAAAGUUGAUUGGUGGGCACCAUGUCAACGGGAUUCAGGCCGCGUUCCGAUUGGUCAGUCUAGUGUUGUGUUUUGUACUCUUUGGGACGAAGAAUUCACGAGAAAGCAGACGGAGCGUGCUUGGAAGUACUUUUCCCAUCACCUUUUGUAA